AUGAAUCCGAAUUAUGAUACAAUGGCAUAUUUAACAUUCACUCUCUCAGCAAAAUACUUAUUUUCUUUUUGUAUGACGUUCAGCUUUUCCCCGAUAUCCAGUAUCAACUCUUGUUUAUUGAAAGAUGGACUAUUCAUCUUCUGGUUCGGACAAUCCGGACGACCAGCUGUCACCCUGGCUGAAGUCGUACGGACAUGCGACCCGAUCGAAAUACCAACUUGUAAAGGACAAGGCUAUAACGUGACUGGCAUGCCGAACCUAGCUGGCAAUGACAUGCAGCGAGACGCCCAACUCCAGCUGAACACAUUCAACCCUCUCAUUCAAUAUGGCUGCAGUUCGCAAUUGACCUUCUUCCUCUGUUCAGUGUUUGUACCAAUGUGCACAGACAAAGUGAAGGAUCCCAUUGGUCCUUGCCGUCCUAUGUGCGAAAGCGUGAAGCGAAAAUGUCAGCCGGUUUUACAAGAAUUCGGUUUCAGCUGGCCCGACAUCCUCAAUUGCACAAAAUUUCCUCCUCGCAACAAUCAGGAUCAUAUGUGCAUGGAUGGGCCAGGCGAGAAUGAAGACGAAGAAACACAUCACACAGUCGGACAGACUCCUCAGGGGAGCCGGUCAGGGGUUGGCAGAACCGGCAAGAACAGAAACGCAAACGUUGGUGGCUGGCAACACGGCAAACCCCCCUUCCCGAACAUGCAUCGAGUAGGCACCUGUUUGCAUAUGCGCCACCCAGAAAAUUAUGUGUAUGUUAACCGUACAGAACGGUGCGCUUUGCGUUGUGGUCGUCAUGAUGCGUUCAGUUACAACGAUAAAGAAUUUUCUGAUGUUUGGAUGGCCAUUUGGUCGAUUCUCUGCUUUUCUUCAACACUCUUCACCGUCCUGACCUUUCUCAUUGACUCUCAACGCAUUCGCUACCCAGAACAGCCAAUCAUUUUCUUGGCCAUGUGCUACAAUAUUUACAGCAUCGCCUAUAUCGUCCGCUUGGUUGCUGGUCGCCAAAACAUUUCUUGCGAUGUUCACCGCGAAAUGCGACGCGAAUAUUCCAUCCUUAUUCAAGAGGGUCUGGAAAACACAGACUGUGCAAUCGUAUUUCUUUUACUCUAUUUCUUCGGUACAGCCAGCGCCUUGUGGUGGGUCAUACUAACGCUCACUUGGUUUUUCUCUGCUGGCCUCAAAUGGAGUCAUGAGGCCCUUCAAGUCCACAGUUCUUACUUUCACCUGACUGCCUGGGCUAUUCCUGCCAUCAAAACUAUCAUUAUUCUUAUAAUGCGGGAUGUUGAUGCUGAUGAACUAACAGGGAUCUGUUUCGUCGGUAACCAAAAUGACAAAUCUCUUAUCGGUACACUAACAGAAAAGACUGGUACUCAGCUGGCUCCACGUCGAAGCCAAGCAUAG